CAUACCCUUUGCAGGCCAGGGUGAGAUGGUCUGAAGCUCAACCUUUGGUCAGGUCCCCCACCCUGUCUUGGAUUGCUUAGACACACAAACUCUUCCUCUGCAAUCUCAGUUCAGGGCCUUGAAACACCUCUUCGGAGACUCCCUCCUUCCAAGCUCUGUCUUCUGGCGCCCUGCCUGGUUGCCGUGGAAACAGGUUCCACUGCGGACAAAGGAGGGAGCUGGGUCCUGCUUCCUCCUGGUCCUGUCGAUGAGGAUUUUUAGACCGUGGAGACUGCGCUGCCCUGCCCUGCACCUACCCUCACUCUCCGUGUUCUCACUAAGGUGGAAAUUGCCCUCCCUCACUACUGACGAGACCAUGUGUAAAAGCGUGACCACAGAAGAGUGGAAGAAAAUCUUCUAUGAGAAGAUGGAGGAGGCAAAGCCGGCUGACAGCUGGGACCUCAUCAUAGACCCCAACCUCAAGCACAAUGUGCUGGGCCCUGGUUGGAAGCAGUACCUGGAGGUGCAUGCUUCAGGCAGGUUCCACUGCUCCUGGUGCUGGCACACCUGGCAGUCGCCCCACCUGGUCAUCCUCUUCCACAUGUUCCUGGACCGCGCCCAGCGGGCUGGCUCGGUGCGUAUGCGCGUCUUCAAGCAGCUGUGCUAUGAGUGCGGCACGGCGCGGCUGGACGAGUCCAGCAUGCUGGAGGAGAACAUCGAGGGCCUGGUGGACAACCUCAUCACCAGCCUGCGCGAGCAGUGCUAUGGGGAGCGCGGCGGCCAGUACCGCAUCCACGUGGCCAGCCGCCAGGACAACCGGCGGCACCGCGGGGAGUUCUGCGAGGCCUGCCAGGAGGGCAUCGUGCACUGGAAGCCCAGCGAGAAGCUGCUGGAGGAGGAGGCGACCACCUACACCUUCUCCCGGGCGCCCAGCCCCGCCAAGCCGCAGGAGGAGACGGGCUCAGCCUGGAACUUCUGCUCUCUCCCCUGGUGCUUGUUUUGGGCCACAGUCCUGCUGUUGAUCAUCUACCUGCAGUUCUCCUUCCGUAGCUCCGUCUAAGAUUCCCUGGGUGGGCCCAGAGCCUGUCGAGGGUGCCAGUUAGCUGAUGGGAAGGUAGAGGAGAAACCUGGAUUGGGAGUAGUGUCAACUUCUAGCGCUGGUGAUGCCACUGACUCAGUGGAGAUCUUGGACAAAUUAUACAGUUUUGCCUUUUAUAAAACUAACGGUUUGGGCAAGAUCAUUGGUUUAUCAUAGUGAAACCCAGGACCCCAAAGUUCUGCUUAGGUGCCUCAGGGCCUUUUGGAUUGGGAAAGUAGACUAAGCAAGUGGGUGUCUUCAACUCAUCCUCCACCUCCUGCCUCCUCCUCUUGCUUCAAUCAGAACAGCUUUACUUUAGAUGGAGUUCCAUUCAAGAUGUUUGUACAAAAAAAAAGUUUACUUUUGAAAAGUUUGAAAAUGAGAAGACUGGGUGAUCUCCAAAGGGUUUUCCACAGUAAUGAGCUUGCCCCUGUUAGUCCUGCACCCCUACCCCUCAUGAUUCCCCACAUUCUCUAGCUGCAGCCUUAAAUUAGCUUCUUUGCCCACCCUGUGAGCCUUGUCUAUGAUUCUGCCUUCACAUAUGCAGCAGGGGUUUCCCUUGAAGGGCAAGAGGUGGGAGACCAGGCUGUUCCUUUGCUGUUGGGUACACAGCGUCUCUUGCUUUUGUUUCUCAGAUUCCAGUUUCUUUCCACUCAGGGUGAAUCCUGGAGUCUGCCUGGCUGAAAGAUGGUGGUUGGGGUGGGGUCCCAUAGAGCUAGGCUUCUCACCCAUGGCGUAUGAACUGGCAGAGAAUUUAGGGGAGGUUUAGAAGACAGAGUUUUAGAAGCAAAGCAAAAAAUCCCUGGGAAGCAUUAUAAUGGAGGAUCUUCAGAGUUCAGGGGCCAAGUCUAGCAGAUUCUCAGCGACACCGAUGGUCAAAACACAGGAACAGGAGCCUGGCCUCCUGGGUUCUUUGCUGAAAUUACAGUUAAAUGGCGUUUCCACAUUGGCCAAGAAUGAGGCCUCUUGUCAAAGAUCAGCUUUCCCCCUAAAGCCACAGGGAUGGGGGUGUCUCCAGCAAGAAAGAGGGCGUUAAAGAUGUAAAAUGUUUUGUCCAUGUGGAACUGCUCAGAUAUGUGGGAGAACCUUACAAGGCUCUACAGUGAGAUGUAAUAUGGGUUGAGAUGGGAGGAGAGAAGACUUUCUGACAGUGGGGGUCUGGAAUGGAAUUGGUGGGGAGAGGCAGCAAGCUGCACUCUUGAGGGGCUUCAUUAACCCCAACUCUGUUGAUAACUUGAUCCCCUCUCCUCCUUCCCUGCACUUUUGAGGGGCCUCAUUUACCCUACCUCUGUUAAAAACUUGACUACUCUCUUCUUUCAUAGAAAGUCACCAUCAUCUGUAGUGAUGGAGGAGGGGGGGUCACUUACAUAAACAUGGGACACUUUAAUAAAGACAGGAUAUCUUCAAUAAGGCUUAGUAGUCAUUAAUGUGUGUUUGAGAUUCCCCCACUGUCACUGAUCUAUAAUGAGCUGUUGGUCCCCUCCAUCCCAGCACCCUGUCUCCCCUCCUCUCCUUUUUGUCCCUUCCCCCACCCACAUGAGGCUCUAGCUAGGUCCAGUUCUUGUCCAUAAUCAGGAGGGAUGCAAGUCUGUCAUUCAGGGGAUCAGCAAAAGGUCAGUUUUACUCCUGUCCUGGCUCAAAUUCAAGUAAACAGUGAUGGCUUCCUUUACUUCAUUCACAGAGUGUUUAUUUCUUAAUCUAGCCCACAUUUUCUGAACACCUGCUAUCUAGCAAGUCCUGAUUUACUUCCUAGAUAGUAGGUGUUCAGAAUAUGUGGACUAGAUGAAGAAAUGAGUACUGUGGGUGCAGGGGGUGCUCUCUGGUUUCUCAGACAUCUCUGCUUGCUACAGAGGUUUUCAGCCCUAGAUGUACUUUUGAAAUUCUGGAGAGAUUUUAAAGAAAUAUAAGUACUUAACCUCUACCCUAGACCAAUGGGAUCAAAAUUUGGGGGCAAUUGGACCUUGGAAUCUGCAUUACAAUAAGACAUCCAGGUGACUGACCUGUGCUGCCUGGCGUAAUGCCUUCUAACAGAGGAAUAGACUUUCUUUUACAUCUGGUUUUAUGAAAACUGAGCCUUGAGAGCUUCCUUGGUAACUUGCCCUGGAUUCUUUAGGACCGGGGCUCAGCUUCCCUCUCUCUAGCUGCCUUACACACUCCCCAACCUUUGCUCUGGAGAUUUCACUCUUCCUCACACUCCCUUGCUCCUGCACGUUUGCUGCCACAAUGGCUGUGUUCUGCUCUGAGAGUCUUUGCCACUGAGCUCUGCCACCCUUGCUGGGACACUCAUACAACUUGUUAUAAUUACUUAUCCCUGCUAGGCUGUAAGUUCCAAAAAGCACAGACUCCAUAGAUUCUAUUCACCUCUACUGAAUGCAUAACAAAUGUUCAAUAAAAAUGUGUUCAAUGAAUAAAUGAACCAAUAAGCUGA